AUCCCCAUUUUCUGCGGAAUUUCGGACACACAAGGCAGCAAACAAAAUGGACAAUUUAAGCCUUAAAAGGCUGUCACAUACCAGAAUUUACAAGCAAGGAACCGGAGCUAGCAGAUUGGGGAAGGCCGGUGGGAUCUGCAGGGGGAAGCUCACGGAACUACCCAAAAUUGGAGGAACAAGAGCAAUUAAAGUAAACCCAAGCCACUUUAAGGAAAAACAAAGGGAUUUAAUGGCUGUUUCUUACCCAAAACCCAAGCAAUUCGCCCCCACAACAAGAGCAGCCGGCGGACAGAGCAAAGCAGAGCAGAUCCGGUUUCUGCAGAGAGGGAGGGGAAAUUUCUGGGUUCUUUAUGGGUUCUAGAACAAGAAAGGAAGGGGAAAAUACCAAGCUUCCUUACCAAUUUUCCAAGGCAUGGCUGGGUUUCCCUUUUUUUUUCUUCGGGUGGCUGCAGCGGGAAGAAGAAGAGCAGAAUCGGGAAUGGCUGGGAAGAACAGAAAGAAAGAAAAAGAAAAAGAAAAGAAGUCAUCCUUA